AUUCCAAGACAUCAAGUAAUAUAAAUAAGUGCGUAGAUCAAAUUUCAUCAUCAUUCGACAGUUCAAGUCUUCUAAUCUACAAAUACGUUUACCUUCCUAAAUUAAACUAUGUCUGACGGAGAGGAAGAUCAAACCGCAAUUGUCUGUGACAACGGAUCUGGAUUAGUUAAAUCUGGAUUUGCUGGUGAUGAUGCUCCCAGAGCCGUGUUCCCUUCCAUUGUCGGAAGACCAAGACAUCAAGGCGUGAUGGUAGGAAUGGGACAAAAAGAUAGCUAUGUCGGUGAUGAAGCACAAAGCAAGAGAGGAAUUUUGACACUCAAAUAUCCGAUUGAACAUGGAAUCAUUACCAAUUGGGACGACAUGGAAAAGAUUUGGCAUCAUACAAUGUACAACGAACUACGAGUUGCGCCUGAAGAACACCCAACUCUUUUAACUGAAGCCCCAUUGAACCCAAAAGCAAAUAGAGAAAAGAUGACUCAAAUCAUGUUCGAAACAUUCAACGUUCCAGCAAUGUACGUAGCCAUUCAGGCCGUUUUGUCGUUGUAUGCAUCAGGCAGAACUACAGGUAUUGUCAUGGAUGCAGGAGAUGGGGUUUCGCACAAUGUGCCAAUUUAUGAAGGAUAUGCGCUUCCCCAUGCAAUUGCUCGGCUUGAUUUGGCUGGACGAGAUCUGACCGAUUACUUGAUGAAGAUUCUUACAGAAAGAGGGUACUCCUUCGUCACGACUGCUGAACGGGAAAUUGUCCGAGAUAUCAAAGAAAAGUUGUGCUAUGUUGCACUCGACUUUGAACAAGAAAUGGCGACUGCUGCAUCUUCUACAUCGCUCGAAAAAAGCUACGAACUUCCUGAUGGUCAGGUCAUUACAAUUGGUAACGAAAGAUUCAGAUGCCCUGAAACUCUUUUCCAGCCAUCAUUUAUUGGUAUGGAAUCUGCUGGAAUACACGAAACUACAUACAAUUCUAUAAUGAAGUGCGAUAUCGAUAUUCGUAAAGACUUGUACGCCAACAAUGUUCUCUCUGGUGGAACCACAAUGUAUCCUGGUAUUGCUGAUCGUAUGCAAAAAGAAAUCACUGCUCUUGCACCAAGUACAAUGAAAAUCAAGAUCAUCGCUCCUCCAGAAAGAAAGUAUUCUGUGUGGAUCGGAGGAUCAAUUCUUGCAUCUCUAUCAACAUUCCAACAAAUGUGGAUUUCAAAACAAGAAUAUGACGAGGCUGGCCCAUCAAUUGUACAUAGAAAAUGUUUUUAGCUUUGAUAUUUUAUUUUGUUCGUCCGUAUACUGAAAUUUGAUACAAAUUCGAAGGUUACUUUGUAAAUGGUUCCCCGAAAAUAAGAUCUACCCGAAAUAUAAGACUAAGCUUGAA